UAGGGCAAGCUUCUUCUACUAUAAUUCGAUGUUGUCCACAGCAAUUCAUUCACUACUGUUGUAACUCUGACAUUGGUUUUCGACGAAACGGGAGUACGAACGAAAUUAAAAAAAAAACAAGCUUACUUAAUUACAUGAGAGCUAUAACGGUCGAAAUAAACGAACUCAGUAAUGGUAGCAGUCCGUUUCAACGGUUGGGAAAGUUUUCCUCGAUUGGCAAUACCUGUGAAAAACGUCGGUAAAAUAACAACCAGCAUUAUCGUUCCCGAUGUAUAAUAAACUAUUUGUUGUGACUGAGUUGCGAAUAUUUGUCGAUCGCUUGCCAGAAAAGUACUUGGCGGAUAAUAGUGGACUUCACUUUAGUCAAGUAUUGAGUUCUAGUUGAAACUUGUUGGAACAUUGCGGCAGUACCUAUAAGAUUUAUUGAUUGUAAAAUGCAGCUAUCCCUAUGCCGAGGCUGUUUUGUUGGAUUUAAGAACGUGGGCACCUCUCCACCGCCCUCCUCGUCGUCGCCGGCGCAACGACCUCGGAAUGCAUCUGAUGGGCAUUUCAUGAAACGUGUACAGUGUACAUCGAGCCACGCAAUGGAAAGAGAAAGAGCAUGUUCCCCAUGUGGGCCCGAGUGUAAAGAGUUAGACCUAAGAGAACCCAAAGAGGCUCUCUUUGCCGAAGGUGGGUUGGACGAUCAAACAGCUAAUGUCAACGUCGGCGGGCUAGUCACAAGCUGCGUCUGCAUCUGCUCUAGUGCGGGUAAUACGCGCAGCAGUUUACCGCUUGCUACAACAGCGUCUUCAUCCGUGAUGUUAGCUCCGUUAAAAGCAGCCUUCUCUGAUAGUACGAGCGGUAGUUGCUGUUUGACACCAAAUACAACAGCUGGCCAAGGAGUGUCAUCUGCCUCUGGACUAUCGGGAACUAUGACAAGCUGUGCAAUGUCGAACGAUACCUCAGGGGGAAAGUCCACCUGUAGAAGUAAUACAGCGACAGUAUCACAAGGAUCAUCAACCUCUUUGGGAGGCCGGGCAUCCUCUGGUGGAUCAGUAAGUGGAGGUGGAGCUUCGCGAAUUCGACGGUUACUCCGAGGACGAGCCCAUUCGUCUCAUGGUGGGACAAGUACUAACCCCAGCUGCAGUACCCAGGAUGAGGAGCGGAUUUCCGCAGGUCGACUUGCAGGUUCAUGCCGAGGUCAAAAUACCAGUGGCAACAUUCGAAACUGCCGUCGAUCAGCUUCAAAGUCAACAUCCUCUCUUCUUGACGCAUCCUCUAUGCCGUCUUCAUCAUAUUCCUGCUGUGGCACUUCAACAUCAAGCAGCGCUAUAUGGAGCAAUAGUAAUUCUUUAUAUCCUGAAGUCGCGUCGUCAGCAGUUUCGCCUUUAAUGCAGCCGCCUAUGACCUCAAAUAAUCAACAACAGUUACCAGCCAUCUCCAGCGGGUCAUUUACUAAUACAAACUCUCAGGCCACAUUGACGGCUACAACGACUCCACAAAAAACAAAAAUUAAGGUUGGUUCAUGGGCACUGAAGCUGUGUAAGCGAAGUAGUCCUGGCAACAGCGGCACUAACGCGAAUUCAACAAACAGCGGAGCUUACUCCUCCUGUUCGCAAGGAGGGACGGGCGUACAGGGAGCUUUAGUGAAGACUGCUGCCACUUGUUGUAAUAGUGGCUCUGUAGCAUCGAAGAGUACAAACUCAAGUCCGUCGAAAGGUCCUGCAUCCCUCGGUUACAGCGUUUGUCAUCAAGGGGGUUUGUCAGCCUCGCUGCCACUUGCGCCUCCUCAAGAAAAUAUUCAUCAUCGCUAUCACUACCAUCAGCAUCAUCGCAGCCACAAUCAACAUGAAUCGGGAAUUUCGGUGCAGCUAAACAAUGAGGUCUUAUGCGUGUGUUGCACAGCUGGAACGUCUCGCGAUGUGCCAGGAGGUUCAUUGGGAAGCGGCGCCAGUGUCAAUAUUAGUGUAUGCGGAGCUCCGGCAGCGCAGUCAUCAGGAACUCCAAACGCAACCCGUCGCCGCAUGGCAACAGCUAUCAUCAACCAACUUUCAUCAUCGUCCCUUGAAGCGAACGAUGGAAACCAGGGGUCCCUUCCUCUGGGAGCUUUUGGUUCCCUGGGCGGAUCCGACGAUUUCGAUGAACGUGCUAGAAUUGAACGAGCCAGGGAAAUUGCUGAGGGAGUUGAUCCCCCGCCAGGGUUUAUUAGAGCGCACGAGGUGAUUCCCGAUGAAAUUGCCGCGGCACUGCGGAGCCUUAACCUCGACGCACUACCGUGGGAUGUCCUUGGAAAAAUCUGGGACCUUAAUCCAUCACCACACCAAAUUCCGUUAUCGUUAGCUGCUGCCGCCGCCGCAAAUCAUGGACAUGGGCCUGCAGGGAGUGGAAACUGUGGUGGAGUUAGCAGCAGCGCUAAUGGUACUACCGUGCACACCACGGUCGAUUAUAUGCACUGUCUUGUGCCCGACCUCGCGCAAAUCUCUCGUUGCGGCUUCUAUUGGGGGAAGAUGGAUCGCUACGAAGCCGAGCGUCUACUACAGAAAAAGCCUGAAGGAUCAUUUUUGUUACGAGAUUCUGCGCAGGAAGAGUAUCUGUUUUCCGUGUCUUUUCGACGAUACGGACGUUCGCUGCAUGCACGUAUCGAACAAUGGAACCACAAUUUCAGCUUUGAUUCGCACGACCCGGGGGUGUUUAGCUCACCGACCGUCUGUGGUCUGAUUGAGCACUAUAAGGACCCCGCGUGCUGCAUGUAUUUCGAACCAAUGCUCACAAUGCCCAUCAACAGGAACUUUCCAUUCUCACUGCAGCACUUAGCUCGAUGCGCAAUCACCGAGCGAGUAAAUUACGAUGACGUAUCCCGUCUUCAUCUGCCAAAGCCUAUUAAAGCUUAUCUGCGCGAGUAUCAUUACAAACAAAGAUUGCGGGUGCGUAACGUUGAGAGAGAGUAAGAAAUGUCUUUUGUCAAGAGGUCGGCAAGCAUCUGCGUGAAGGCUUGAAGUUUUGAAAGUAUCCAGUCAUCACAGUCCAAUGACUAAGCUUAAAUGGCAUUUCGAUAAGUAUCUAUGCCCUAACGGUCGACAUCGGACUGCUCUUGUAUGUUUACACAACAACCCGACACUGAGGAACACCACCAAGUAGACCUGAGGCCCACCGCUGGCAAACAGCCAAUAGUAACUCACCAAUAAUGCAAGCGAGAACAAAAAAUGGCGUACGCGUUACGCAGAGGCUAUACAUAUAAUAGUAGCUUGACGUGUGCUGCUAUUUGUUGCACGAACGCAACUUAGUCCCUGGUUGAAUCCUUGGAGCUUAGCUAAAGAGAACAUGUUUAUAAACGUUGUGUCGUUCUACCAUGUUACCAUAAAAUAUUCUGCAUGACUUAUAGAACGCAUCAAUGAGGCUUCGUCCCGACGUUAAUGUUUAUAAAUAGAUUUGUGAGUUCCACCUAUUAUGAAAAUUACCUUUACAGUUUGGGUCAAUAUCUGAACUAGUCAAUAAUUUCUGAAUUAUGCAUGGUAUGGAUACGUUUGAAUUUAACCACUAAUUUCGAAAAAGUAUAAUACAACAAAUUGAGAUUCUAAUGAAUGAUGUGUAUUUGGCCUGACCUAACUAAAUAGCUCACUGUCAUAAAGAUCAUUAUAUGACGUGUAAAUGGCUGCACUGAGAGGUAAAUGGAUAAGUUUUAUUGUGUCUAAGUAUUAACAUAAAUUGUAGGUGAGAAUCCUGAUAACAUAUAUAUAUAUAUAUAUGUUAUCAGGAUAUAUAUACAUAUAUAUAUAUAGGCGUGAUUGCCUUGUGAGUGGAAUCCGAUAGAUAAGUUGGUGAAUGAACUCCAACUAACAGAGGCAUAGAUGAUUAAAACGAAUGAAUUUUUACUCCAAAUAAUCGAUCCAUAUGAAGUAUUUAACAUCAGUAUAGAUAAGGAUAAUCAAUUGAUAAUAUUAACACAACACAGCCAUUUAUAGAAGCUGUAGAAUGGCAAUGGGCACAUGCCAAUUAACUGGUUAAUUUAGAAAAGCCAACCUGAGAGGACUUUUUGAAUCGAUUGUAUCACUGGAGCACUCUCGUGUAAUCGAAGUUUGCUUACGUAAAGUAAGCUGGCCUAACAUAUCUGGCCCUGCAUUAUGGUACAAAAUAUAUCCGAAGGUAAUGCUGA